AUGUCCCACCCCGAGGCGGAGCGGGCGGACAGCGGCUCCGCGCCGGAGCCGGAGCCGGGUCCGGGGCUCACCGGACGGACCCCGCAUCGUAGCCGCAGCCGGCGGCCCUCGGGGCGCGAUUCCCGACGUGCUUCCUCCCGCUUCAACCGGCGGAGCUCGGCCGAGCUGGAGCUGCUGGGGUACCCGGCACCGGACGGAGCCCGGGGGGGGUCGCCGCCGCCGGCGGCCGCUGUCGAGCUCCGGGAACCCGAGGAGACGGAGAGCGAGGAGGUGGAGACGCGGGCGGUCGCCACCUCCCCCGACGGCCGGUUCCUCAAGUUCGACAUCGAGAUCGGCCGCGGCUCCUUCAAGACCGUCUACAAGGGGCUGGACACGGAGACCACCGUGGAGGUGGCCUGGUGCGAGCUGCAGACACGGAAGCUGUCAAAGACGGAGCGGCAGCGGUUCAGUGAGGAGGUGGAGAUGCUGAAGGGGCUGCAGCAUCCCAACAUCGUCCGCUUCUACGACUCCUGGAAGUCAACUAUCAAAGGCCAGAUCUGCAUCGUGCUGGUCACAGAACUCAUGACGUCUGGCACCCUGAAAACGUAUUUGAAGCGCUUUAAAGAGAUGAAGCUGAAGGUGCUGCAGCGCUGGAGCCGGCAGAUCCUCAAGGGUCUGCAUUUCCUGCACACUCGCUCGCCCCCCAUCAUCCACCGCGACCUCAAGUGUGACAACAUCUUCAUCACGGGCCCCACGGGCUCAGUCAAGAUCGGGGACCUGGGCCUGGCCACACUCAAGCGAGCCUCCUUUGCCAAGAGUGUCAUAGGCACCCCCGAGUUCAUGGCGCCGGAGAUGUACGAGGAGAAGUACGACGAGGCCGUGGAUGUCUACGCCUUUGGGAUGUGCAUGCUGGAGAUGGCCACCUCGGAGUACCCCUACUCAGAGUGCCAGAACGCCGCCCAGAUCUACCGCAAGGUCACCUCGGGCCUGAAGCCCAGCAGCUUCUACAAGGUGAAGGUGCCCGAGCUGAAGGAGAUCAUUGAGGGCUGCAUCCGCAUGGACAAGAACGAGAGGUACACCAUCCAGGACCUGCUGGAGCAUUCCUUCUUCCAGGAGGACACAGGGGUGCAUGUGGAGCUGGCUGAGGAGGAUGAUGGAGUCAAGUCUGGGCUCAAGCUCUGGCUGCGCAUGGAUGACACAAAGAAGCUGCACGGCAAGUACAAGGACAACAACGCCAUCGAGUUCCUCUUUGAGCUCUACAAGGAUGUGGCAGAGGAGGUGGCUCAGGAGAUGGUGGUCCUGGGCUUUGUCUGUGAGGCUGACUACAAGCUGGUGGCCAAGGCCGUGCGGGACCGGGUGGUCGCCAUCAAGCGCAAGCGGGAGAAGCUGAAGCGCGCCCAGGACGCGCCAUCGCCCGCGGAGACAGAGCAGCCGCCGGGUGUCCUGCGGCUGCUGGAGGAGCUCAAGUCCCCGCUGUCACCUGGUGCCCCCACGCCUGCCCUGGCCACCCCUGGCUCUGGGGACUCUGCCUUCAGCAGCACCUUCCCCCUGGAGCCUGAGGAGCCCGAAGCUGACCAGCACCAGCACUUUACCUACCGGCACACCAGCUACUCGUCGGCCACCUCCGACUGUGAGACGGAUGGGUACCUGAGCUCCUCUGGCUUCCUGGACUCCCCAGACCUGGCCCAUCGCAGCUUUGCUGCAGUGGACCCCACCAGCCCACCGCCCACCCGGCCCGUGCGCUGCUUCCCCACGAGCAUCGCCGUGCAGCUGCCCACUGAGCAUUUGCCACCUGCCAGCGGCUUCUCCUCCUCUGUGGACAGCUACACCUCAGAUGUGGCGUCGGGCAUGAGUGAUGGCUGUGAGGGGCUCUCGGCCAGCGAGCAGAGCGCUAAGCUGCCGCCCAAGCGAGCCUCGGGGAAGCUGCUGCGGCGCCGAGCCCGGUCCAGGCUGCGCAUCACCAACAUCUCCGACAAGAGUGACCGAGUGGUGGAGUGCCAGCUGCAGACCUACAACAACAAGAUGGUGACCUUCAAGUUCGACCUGGAUGGGGACAACCCGGAGGAAAUUGCAGCCGCCAUGGUCCACAAUGAAUUCAUCCUCAAGUCGGAGCGGGACAGCUUCAUCAACUGCAUCCGGGACAUCAUCCACCGUGUGGAGACCCUGCUCCGCAAGGACGGGCGCAGCGGCACCGAGCUGCCCAAGGGCCCCGAGGCUGAGAGUGCUGUGGGCAGUCCCGUGGACCUGCAGCUGCAGGGGCUCUCUCGCUCCAUCUCCUCAUCCUCACUCAGUGGUACGUCAGUGCCCCUGUGCAGGCCCUUCCCGUCUCCCCAAGCCCCGUGCAGGGCAGGCAUGGCCUCAGCCAAGCCCAGAGGGUCUCAAAGGACGUGUCCUGCCCUGGCUGAGCCUGGCUGUCACCCCUGUGUCACAGACCUGAGCUGCACCAGUCCCAGCCUCUCUGUCCAGUCCCCCGUCCUGCCCUUGCUGAGCCGCUCCCCAUCGGAGACCAACCUGGCCAGUCCUGUGGAGCCGCUGGCAGCCCCGGUGCCACUACGGUCCCCCACAGGCUCAGCCUCGAUGACUCCCUCCUGGCUCACGUCGUCACCAGCACUGACACCAACACUGACUCCCCAGAGGACCCCAGGGGGGCCUGUUCCCCCAGCCCUGCCCCAAGCCCUCCUGUCCCCCCAGCCUCUCCCCACAUCCCCCGUUCCCUGUGAGCCCAGCAGUCCCCUGAGCCCUCCUGUGACCAGCACACCUUUGUCCCCCACUGCCCCCCUCUUGUCCCUGGCCAAUGUCUUCUCCCUGGCAGUGAUGACCGUGGCCCACACUGUCUCCUCCAUUGCCAGCUCAGGUGGGCACCUCUACCCACCGCUGCUGCCACGGCCACAGAGUCUUGUCCUGAGUGCCCCACGCUUUGUCUACCCCGACCCCACCAGCACAGACAAGCCAGUCCCACCUGGCAGUGGGAUCCUGGAGUCAGUGCGAGCUGAUGUCCCCACUGCUGGGCUGCCCAUAUCCUCCCUCCCCUUGGCACCAGCCCCAAUGUGCCCCACAGGCAGCGAGGCCGUGGGGAGCCCUCUGCAGCUGCUGAGCACAUCCACAGCUGGGAGUCCAGAGGGCGGCACGGUGCUGCCAGGUGCCCCCAAGCCCAGCCAUUCUCUGAUCAUCUCAGAGGCACCAGCCCCCAGCGUGCCCAAGGCCCAGCUCUCACCCAUCAAUGAAGAAGCCAAGCCCCAGGUCCUGGGCCGGUUCCAGGUAGUACCAGCCAAGGACCUGGCUGUGACCUCUCCGGUGCUGGGCAGCAGUGACGGGGAGCAGCACAGCACGGAGCCGGCAGCGAGCGGCUCCCCGCCGCCCACGGUGCCCGACACAAGCCACAGCUCAAGCAGCGACUCGGAUGUGCCUCUGGAGGCGGCGGAGAGAGACCCCAAGGCUGAGGAGGUGUCAGCCGAGGGGGGCACGAUGCCUGCGGUGCCAGUGGGGAGCGACCCAGGGGAGGGUCCUGGGGAAGAGAGCACAGAAAAUGCGCCGCAGGCCAUGCUGAGCCAGGUGUGGCUGAGCUACUCUCGCAGCUUGUCCUACGUGAGCAGCGAUGACACUGAGAGUGAAGACGAGGAGAUCUGGGAGGAGCUGCAGAACCUGCGCCAGAAGCACCUGGCUGAGGUGCAGCAGCUGCAGAGCGCCCAGAAGAAGGAGAUCGAGGAGCUGUACCUGCGGAUGGGGAAGCAGCCGCCGCUGGGCAUCGUCUCGCCCGCCGCGAUGCUGUCCAGCCGCCAGCGCCGCCUCUCCAAGGGCAGCUUUAACCCCUCCCGUCGGAACAGCCUGCAGCGCCUGGAGCUGGCGCAGCCCGCAGGCAUCAUGCGCCGUAACUCGCUGAGCGGCAGCAGCACGGGCUCGCAGGAGCAGCGCCUCAGCAAGGGCGUCACCUUCGCCGACGACCUCGGGCGCAUGUAGCCGGCUGGCCAAGAGUGAUCCCAUGAACUACCUCAUCCAAGUGCCUGCUGCCCCGGGGCGGGCGGAGCCCCCGCACCUCCCGGAGCCCGGACUCCCUGCUCCCCCUGGCUGGAGCCCGCAGCAGCAGGGAAGCCGUGGGCUUGGCAGGGGCGGCAGUGCUGGCCUGGUGCAGAGCUGUCCCACAGGGGUCUGCCCCCUGUCCCCAGCCCUUUUGCUGGAGGACACGUACGAGGUGUCUCCAUCUUCGUGGCUGUAAGGAGCUGAGCCCGCCCUGAGGGCGCGCUGCCUGUCAGCCCUGCCAGCAGCUCAGCCCUGCAGCAGAGCCCACCCACCCUGCGGAUCGGCUUCAGCUCCCUGUGGCCCCGCCUGCCGGAGCACCAGGAGCGCUUUGUUAUGAACUGGUGUUGGG